CUACUAGACUCACAUCUCAUUAUAUCUACUGUAUACAACAGCAUUCCCCUCUAUAGUGGGAAGCAAGGGUGUGAUUAUUUUGGAUUUUAUUUUACAUUAUCCUGUCAUUAGUAUCUGUAUGUUGGUCUGUAGACCAAAUUUAAAAAUAGUAUUUGAUAGAUCCCUUUUUCUUUUUAUUUGGACCUAUUUUUAUAUAUUUUUUUCCUGGUCCCAUGGACUUGCUGUCACAUCCACUCCGAGACAUGGAAAUUACAGAGAGUUCCCUCUGCUCAUUCUCUGCAGCUGAUGACUUUUAUGAUGACCCAUGCUUUAAUACUUCUGACAUGCACUUUUUUGAAGAUUUAGACCCCAGGCUGGUUCAUGUGAGUUUAAUGAAGCCUGAUGAACAUCACCAUCUUAAUGAAGAUGGGCAUGUCAGAGCACCCAGUGGGCAUCACCAGGCUGGCAGGUGCCUCUUAUGGGCAUGUAAAGCCUGCAAAAGGAAGACCACCAAUGCUGACCGCAGGAAGGCUGCCACUAUGCGAGAGAGGAGAAGGCUCAACAAAGUUAAUGAGGCAUUUGAGACCCUGAAGAGAUGCACUUCCACCAACCCAAACCAAAGGCUACCCAAAGUGGAGAUCUUAAGGAAUGCCAUCAGCUAUAUUGAGAACCUCCAGGCUCUGCUCAGAGAGCAAGAUGACAUCUACUUCCCUGUCUUUGAACAAUAUAGUGGAGACUCAGAUGCCUCCAGUCCCAGAUCCAACUGCUCAGAUGGCAUGAUGGAUUACCCAGGACCUAAAUGCACUUCCAGGAGGAGAAACAGCUAUGACAGCAGUUAUUACAGUGAGACACCAAAUGAUACAAGGCCUGGGAAAAACUCAGUCAUCUCUAGCUUAGACUGUCUGUCAAGCAUUGUAGAGAGGAUUUCCACUGAAACCCCAAACUGCCCUUCUCUUCCUGCAGUGGAAAGUGGAUCUGAAGGCAGUCCCUGUUCUCCCCUCCAGGGGGAGACAUUGAGUGACAGUAACAUUACUAUCUCUUCCCCAAUCACAUGCACACAACUCCCCCAGGACAGCAGCAGUACCAUAUACCAAGUAUUAUAACUGCUUCCACAAAGCUGUUACAUUCUGAAUAACCAAAGACUUUAUAGACUGACAGUUUCCAAUGUUCAAACUUCAUUAAGAAUUCCCAAUACUGAACUUUUAUUAACCUUUGUCAAACAUUUAUUUAUUAAUUUAAUUUCCAAACAAAUGUUUUUUUCCAAAUUUUAUUUUCAUUGUUAACAAUAUGGGAAAAACUACCUGAAAUAUAUUUCCAUCUCAGUUAUAAUUUACAUGGUAAAUGUGUAAUUAUUUUAACACACAAAUGGUACAAAAUUACAAGGUUAUGAAAUAUCUGUUACUUUCUUUGGGUAAUACAAGAAAAUAUGUGGACCACUUUUGUAAGAUGUUUUUUUAUAUGGUUGUAAAUAAGAGUUAACAAGCAAAGCAAGGAUGAACAGAUAUUUAAUAAUAUGGCUUGGUUUGUUGUGCUAAAUGAUAACUUUAUAUAUUUAUAUGGUGUGGAUGCUAAGGAUGGUUUCAAUAAUAUUCUAAAUAAAGAAACUUUAUUUAUAAAA